UUUACACAGCACAUUUUGGUGGGGAUGUUCCUUGAUGUCGUGACAUCCCCCCGUUGACAGAAAACUCCCUUUUUACCCCCAAAGCGCGCCCCUUUUCCUGCUGUGAAGGGUGACAGCGGCCGCCGCAAUGAGGGGGUCCUGCAGCCCCUUCCCCUCAGCCCAUACGAAUUAAAACACCCCCUGUUCCAAAUUUAGGAGGUUUUACCCCGAAGCCCCCACAAGCCAAGUGACUCUGGGGCUCACCCCCACAGAGGGGCAGGAGAACCCCCAAACCACUUUUUUCUUCCCCCCACCUCAUUUUAGGAAAAAAAAAAAUCCCACCAGGACAUUAAAGAACUUUUUUUUCACUGAGCGAAGUGUUGUUGGUUUGUGGGGGUGGGUUUUUUUUUUGGGUUUUGUUUUGUUUUUUUUAAUUUCCGCCCAGAUCCGCGGCUCUUGCCGCCAGAGGGCCACGGCCAUUGUGCACAGCCCUUUUCUCUCUUUACCCCUUCCUCUCCCCUCCUUUUUUUUUUUUUUAAAUUCCUUCUUUCCUUCCUUCCUUUCUUAAACUCUUAUCGCUUAGGAUAUCGAAGGGACCGGGCUCAUCCGCUCCCCGCUUGCGCGUCCCCACUUUUUUUGGGGAAAAGGGGCUUUUUUUGGGGAAAAGGGGCUUUUUUGGGAAAAAGGGGCUUUUUUGGGGAAAAGGGGCUUUUUUGGGAAAAAGGGGCGGGGGGCUUUGCCGACAGCACCUCCCGAGCCGGACCUGCAGGUAACGGGGAGAUUCGGGUUGGGACGUGGAAAAAAAAGGCAGAAAAAUGGCUUGGUUUUCCCCAUCCCUGCCCUUCCCUCCUCCAUCCAUCCCUCCGGGUCCUGGAUUUUCCUCUCUCAGUCCCAGGGAAGGGACUAAAUGAUUAAAAAAUUCCCGACACUCCCCCACCCCAAAAUCCACCCCGUUGUCCUUCUCCUCGGGGAGUUCCCUUCGGAUUUGUUGACCCCUUUACUUCCAUUUGUUUUAGCAGGAUGGCAAAACACCGAGGAAUAAAAAGAGCAGCAUGAGAUCCUGGUGGGGGCUCCAAAACUUAAAAAUAAGGAGGAAAAAUACUAGGCGGGAUCUGUGCUGGAAAUCGGCCAUUUAUUCCUGCCAUCAAGCCUGGCUAUGGAACCCUUUGUGGUGCUGGACCCGCGACAGAGAGCUCUGUAUUACAACGUGAUGCAGGAGAGCUACGAGGCACUGAUGGCACUGGAAUUCCCCGUUUCCAAGUCUGACCUGCUGUGCCGCCUGAACCACGGGGAGGAGGCAACAGCCCUGGAUCUCCACAUACCCCGAGAUACCCCGGCUGCAGAGCAUGGAUCAGGAGCAGGGCAGGAAGCCCCUCAUGAAGAACCUGCCGAGGAAAAGCCCAACACGGACGAGGAGCGCCCUCAGCUCCCCGUGAGCCAGAGCGACAACCACGCCGCCAACACCUGCGGUGAGUGCGGGAAGAGCUUCAGCCACAAAUCAGCCCUGGCGAAGCACCGCAAGAUCCACGGCGGCGACCGCCCGCACGCGUGCCCCGACUGCGGGAAGGGCUUCAUCCAGCGCUCCGACCUCACCAUCCACCGCCGCGUGCACAUGGGCGAGCGGCCCUACGGCUGCCCCGAGUGCGGCCGCCGCUUCAGCGUCAGCUCCUCGCUGCUCGCGCACCGGCGCACGCACGCGCCCGGCGCUGCCCGGCCCGACCGCUGCCCGCGGUGCGGCCGCGGCUUCGCCGACGCCACGGCGCUGGCCCGGCACCAGAAGAGCCACCUGGGUGGGAAGCCCUUUGAGUGCGGCACGUGCGGCAAGGCCUUCGCCUGGAGCUCCCACCUGGAGCGGCACCGCCGCGUCCACACCGGUGAGAAACCCUUCCAGUGCGCCGAGUGCGGGCGGGCCUUCGCCUGGAGCUCCCACCUCCACCGCCACAUGCGCACCCACGUCGCCGUCACCGCCGGGGGUGAGGAGGGUGUGGAGGAGGGAGAGGAGCCGCCGGUGGCCCCGUGGAAAUGUGCAGACUGCGGGAAGAGCCCCGACCGCCAGACGGACCUGCAGCGCUUCAAGCACAAGGGCACGCAGACCCUGCUGGCUGGCGCCGAACCCACGCUGCGGCCGCACCGCUGCGGGAAGCACUUCAGCCACAGCUCGGGCCUGCUCAAGCACCAACGCGUGCACGGCUUUGAGCGGCUGCACCCCUGCUCGGACUGCCCACGCCGCUUCCACUGCGGCGCAGCCCUGGCCGAGCACCGACACGGCCACGCGCAGCCACCCAACUUUGCUGACAACGCCACACCGGCUACAGAGGGGGUGACCAAACCGUACCCGUGCGGGGCGUGUGGGAAGAGCUUUGGGUGGGCGUCACACCUGGAGCGGCACCGCCGCGUGCACACCGGGGAGAAGCCCUUCCGCUGCGGGGAGUGCGGGCGUGGCUUUGCCGUGAGCUCCCACCUGGAGCGGCACCGGCGAGUGCACACGGGCCAGCGACCCUUCCGCUGCGGCGACUGCGGCAAGAGCUUCGCCGUCAGCUCCACGCUGCUGGCGCACCUGCGCACCCACGGCGCCCGGCCCGGCCGACCGCACGCCUGCCCUGAGUGUGGGAAAGGCUUCAGCUCGCCGGCCGCGCUGGAGCGGCACCAGCGGCUGCACCGCGGGGAGAAGCCGUACCAGUGCGGGCUCUGCGGGAAGGGCUUCUCCUGGAGCUCCCACUACGACCGGCACCGGCUGACGCACACCGGGGAGAAGCCCUUCCCCUGUGCCCACUGCGGGAAGCGCUUCGGCCGCAGCUCCCACCGCAACCGGCACCAACGCGCCCACACCCGGCAUGGCCCUGAGAAGCGCCACGUGUGCCCCGACUGCGGCAAAGCCUUCGGCCUCGGCACAGCCCUAGCAGCCCAUCGGCGCCUGCACGGUGCCGGCACCACCCGCAGCCCCCUGUCCCUGCUGCCACCCACGUGGUGGGAGGGUGAACAAGGAGGGGGGGCGGCUACACCCCCUGAGCCUCAGGAUCUCAGCUCUGCAUUGCAGAAGCAUCCCACGCCUUCCCCCUCUGCAGUGCCAAGGGGCUGGGUGGCCAAAGCUCUCCUGCCCCUCACUGGGCCGUGGGGGCCCAGGGAGGGGGACACCCUGCAAGGUGAGGCCGCAGCCGCAGCAGAGCCCUGGGUGUCCCUUCCUUCUCCCAGCUCCUGAUGUGGGGCUGGGGUGCUGAGUCCCCCUCCACUUUUGGGGACACCCCACAGCCAAGGUGGGACAGUCGUCUGUACUCCUGCCCCAGGAUGGGAAAGGGCUUGAGAGACACAGGAUACCCUGGGAUGAGGGUCAGGGUGGG